AACCCAGCUCCAAUUACUCGAUCUCUACUCUAUCUUCCUCUUGGUGUCUGGUGCAGAGCUGUUAUACAAGUGAAAUGUAGUAAAAAGCUCGAGAUUUUAUUGGUAGUGCUCGCCGGAAAGGAAGAAAGUUCCUCCAGAGAAGAAAACAAAGGAAAAAUGCCUCCUAAAAAGAAAAAAAAGUCUACAUCUUCUUCUUCAUCUUCAAAGAAAUCGAACGUUGCAGGAAAUCAACAGUCGCAGCAGCCUUCCAAGUUCGGCAUCCAUCAUUUCUUCGAGCGCCACACCCAAAAUGCCCUCCUAGCUUCCCAAAGUGUCGGUGUUCCCGCUCUUCAAAAACCUAAACCUCCUACGAAUCCGUCAAUAUCUGCUUCUCAUGACGCUCCUCCGACUUCCGUCAGCACCGUUAAUGGCCUUAAUUUAUCGAAGGCUACCAGCUCGGGAUUUAGUGAGAACCCCAAUAAUGUUGUCCGUUCUGUUACCUUUGAUCAAAGUAAAUCAGCUUCCAUACAUCGAGAACCUACUGGUACACUCCGUACAACUUCGCAAGACCUUGAAAAGGAAGCCAAUUCAACAACAAUAGUGGGUGCUAUUGCUAAAGACGAACUGACCGAGGUGUCCCCUGAAAUCCGCAAGUCAUCGUCUCUCAAGCGCUUCAAGUUCUCUCCUGGGAUGUUGAUAAAGCAGAGUCAGCAUGAUGGAGGUGAUGAGGUCACAUGGAGAAUUUCUCCUGUGAACGAAAGACUACAAGCCGUUACAAAGCAAACACCAACUGUGAUAAAAGAGUUAGCAAAUUCAUCAAGAAUCAGCUCCUUCAACAUUCGUCAAUGCUCGGAAAAUAAGGGUUUAUGUACUUCUCCUGGUACUGCUUGCAAGGUUGAGAAGUGGCUUUCUUCACCCUCAAAGAAAGCCGUUGAAAGAUCUUUGGUUUCUGCAAAUAAGAUUGACUUGAAAAGGCCAAACCCAUGUCAAAAUGGUGAUCUUUGUGGCAGUGUUGCUGGCACUGAUGACUCAUCGGCUAGUCAACAAAGUCCUUUCCGAACUCCACCAUCUCUGUUAUAUUGCCAUAACAAGCUGGCUAACGUCAUUGCAUCCAAUGGAGCAUCUGAUCAGCUGGAUCAAAGGCAGCAUAGAAAGGCAUUGCUUGAACUUCUAGAUCAAGUGGAAGAUGUCAUCUCUGUUGAUGACUUAGCAGCCAACAUAGGGAUAAAUUCAUCCAAAGUUCAGGUUAGAUGUGGCAAUGAAGUGCCUCUAAAAGUUGAUUCUGCUGCAGAAAGGCCUGCAAUGGAUCAUCCGGAGAAGGUCACAGGGACAUUCUCAAGUUGCUAUUUCCUUGUCUUAGAGGUAUCUGAGAAGCAUGGACCUGCUGGCUCUUCUGGUGCUCAAUGCCCUUAUAAGGUUAUUCGCUUACUAAAUGAGCAAAGUGGGGAAGAGCGUGCUGUGUAUUUGUGGGAAGAAUGGUUUUACAGUGUUAUUUCACCUGGAGAUACUGCGAAUAUUAUUGGUGAAUUUGAUGAUGAAGGGAAGUGUGACGUGAAUCAUGACAAUAAUUUUCUGAUCGUUCAUCCAGAUAUUCUUGUUUCUGGAACUCGGGUACUGUCUCCCUACUUAUUUUGA